AUGGCUUCUAUAUUUAUAGAAACUCCAGGCGAUUUGUCCCACCCAACGCAGCUCAUCCUGAUGAACAACAUGGUGGAUGACUUUGAAAAACUUCACGGCAGCUGGGGUCCAGUUGGCACCAUGUAUUUCGUUCGCGAUUUCGUAACGUUCGAAAACUAUUUGCAGUCAGACUCAAAUGACUACGAUUACGAUCCAGCUGAUGGCACCACUACGCUUUCGGCUAUCGACGCCCUGAAAUUCAAAAAUGAAGACUUACCAUCAUUUUUGGUGUGGCCAGAAUAUGAUUUUUGGAGCGGCUUUAUCAGACUAAAAAACGCUACUCCGGAUGGAAACGCGACAUUUCAUGCGACAGUCUUUCAUGAAGACGGUAUAUUCCUAGACUUAAUUGAUAAUAUGCCUACGGAUACGUGGCAGUCUGUACUGGGUACACUGGUAUGUAUGGCCGCCGUGUGUUUCGUUUUUCUACGCAGUUUGCUUACAGUGGCUAUUGCUACUACGUGUGUUCUUUCGAUAUGUGUCGGUCAGUCAAUUACUUUAUUUGCACCCGGCACAGGGUCUUUAGCUUGA